AUGAAAGAAUUGCGUGAGAUGAUUGGUAGUAAAUACAAGAGCGAUGACGAUUUGAAGAAGGAGGCCACCGAACUACUCACACUUGAACGUGCACUAAAGGAUCGACAAAGGCUUCGGAAAAAGAAGGAAAAUGACUUGGAACAAUACGAGAAAGCGUUGAAUGAAACGAGAAAUGAAAUCGAUGAAACGAGGAAGAGUAUUUCAGCCGUUGAGGCUGACAUAGCUGCAGUCCAGCGGGUAACCAAUUGA